AGAGGAGAAAGAUCAGAUUCUUCAGAAGCUAAUUGACUAGGGCAGGAUCAGGAAGACAGGACACAUCAGAAGGAAGGACUCUACAAUGGAAGAACGCAAGGAAGAUCAGCUAGAUUGUGAGUAAGUAGGCAUGAUUAUGCAAUGCCAAAUCCUGGGAUCAAGGUCAGAGAAAAUGGAAAUCUCAAGAUUGACGCUGUCAAAGAAAAACAAUAUUAGUUUGAACACGGACCUUGAAAGGGAUGUGCAGAGAAUCGAUGAAGCAGAUCAGGAACUUCUUCUCAAAAUCCAAGAGAAAGAAAAUGAGAUUCAGAGGCUGGAAAGUGAGAUCACUCAGAUUGGAGACCUGGUGGAAGGCGAUGAGUGGGAGAAUGAGAACUGUAUCACAAUAGAAAGGGAAGGAGCUUUGCAGGAGGUGAAGGAAGAAACAGCCAGACAUGAAAGGAGAAAGGAGAUGCUGGCCCACAGUAUAACAGAACUUCAAAGAAAGCUUACAAAGAAUUCACAAAAGAUAACCAAGUAUGAACAAAGCAAUCCAGAUGAAGCUCCAGAAGAGUCAAAGGUUAAUUUACAACAACUGGAAGCUUCCUGUGCAGACCAAGAGAAGGAACUGGUCAAGGUGAUGAAGAACCAUGCAUUUGUGGCCCAGCUCUGUGAUAAUCAAGUCUUCUGCAUAAGGAGGUACCAGGAAACUUUGAAGAAAACAGAAGAAGAAGUAGAGACUCAGUUCCUUGAGAGAGAAGUGGCAAAAGUCUUGAGCAUGAUCUCUGUAGGAAAAGAGUGUUACAGUCAAAAUAAUGAGGUCAAUUCUGUCCCAAAGAAGAGAAUAUCAUUCCGUAAAAGGAUUUUUUGCUGUCUCUUUUUCAACACUCUAUUUUUCAUCAGGUUGCUGGGCUGCUUGCUUUUCUAUUUAAGUUUCGUAAAUCCAGAUCUUCUUGUCAAUAUCCUGCCCAAGAUAUUGAGCAGGAGCAUCUUGUGGAAGCUUGGGAGCUUCCUUUUUCCAUCUCUCACGACUGAGACUGAGGACAUAUUACCUCACUGA